AUGGACUACUUCGGAGGGAAGUUGUACAUGUUGGUGGACGGCGAGUACGUGACCGUGGUUCAUGGUCUGGUUACGUGUGCACUUACUGUAAGAAUGUUCCCGCUCUCUCCGGCCAUGUCCUACCGCUCCACUUGGCGAGACAGACGUGCUGUAGAAGACUACGGGACCUCGUACCACUUGGCCAACCUUGGAGGUCAACUCCUGGUCAUCCUAAGCCAUAGUAGAGCCUGGUACGAUCCCUCUGAUAACUCUCUGCUCGAGUUCGAGGUCUACAAGUUUGUACAGAAAGGAGACGAUAACAAAAAUGAUCAUCAUUGGGCAGAAGUGACUGACUUGGAUGGUCACGCUGUGUUCUUGGGAUCUCACCAGUCCUUCUGCCUCCCUGCGGAUCCACUGCUCAAUAAUGGGGUCAAAGGCAACCGCAUCUACUUCGUUUUUCAGGACUUGUUCUUCAGAGCUUUGACGUCCAAUGAGUAUGGUAAUGAUUGCGGCGUGUUCGAUCUUGGCGAUCACAAGGUUGAAAGGUUUUAUUGUCAUUCUGAUGUUGAUGGUGGUGGCAACUUGAUUUCGAAGAGGAAGGCACGUACGUUUUGGUUUCUCCCCAUGCCCUGGGCUAGUAUCCAUAAGCACAGGAAUGAUCAAGAAAGGACGUUUGAGCAGACAAAAACAAAGCCGGCGGCCGUGGACGUCCCAAAGUUAACGAAGAAGACCACUAAUUAUAAAAACAAUCAGCAGCAUGGUGGUAAUUAUAAGGUCAAUCGUCUAGCCAACAGAUUCCAAGUUUUAUUAACCGAUGAAGAUGAAGGACAAGACAAAGAAAACGAUGAGGACGACGAUGAUGUGGGAGACAAUUAG